AUGGGCGCCAGCCUGAUGCGCGAGGAUCUCUACCAGCCUCAAACUGCGACGGUGGUGGGCUAUUCGGGGGAUGCGGCCCUCAAGGACUGGAAGUUUGACAGCGUCAUCUUUGAAGAUCGCUAUGUGCCCUACGGAAUGUUCGAGUGCCCGGACCUUUUUGAGCUGCCAGGAGGAGUUUGGGUUCUGAAAGUUUCCACCAUGGUCGUCACUGCGGACUACUACCGCCUUGGUGUCUUUGACUGGGACACCAGGAAGUUCCAGCCCAACAGCAGCGCUGUGCCGUUGGACUAUGGCGAUCACUACUACGCCUCGAAGUCGUUCUUCGACGCGAUCUUGAAGUCUCAGAUCAUCUUCGCCUGGAGUUCAGAGGCCGUGGCCUCGAAGAUUCCGCACAUGGGGUGGGCAGGGGUGCAGACCCUGCCGCGCGUGAUGGUGUACGACUCCAAACAUCAAGCUCUGCGUAUUUUUCCGCUUCCAGCGUUGGAGGCCUUGCGGCAGGAGUUGCUCUUUUCGUCGAGUGGACCCAGGAAACUCGUUGACAUGGAGCCGCUAAUGCUGGUGGACGCUAGUGGCGAUGGCACCGCCCCGGUUCCCCCAAAAUUGCAGCUGCAGCAAGAAGUUCUGGCUUCCUUCACCUUUCCUGUGGACCUCUUCGACACAGACCCAGGAGCCUUUGUCGGAUUGCUUGUCCGGCAGCAGUCGGCCAAGCAAUACAGCCGCAUCGGCAUAACUGCGAAUCCGCUGGGCGGGCGCACCCUUAAGAACACAGAUCUUACCGCGGCGAGCUACACGGAUCUGCCGAUGGAUUUACAGGCAGGUGACGCUGCAAAUGCACAGAACUGCUCUGAACUGUGUGUCAAGGACUUGCGCUGUGUGGCCUGGACCUAUGUGCGGAAGAACUCGGACUCGGAUGGAGAAUGCCAGCCUGGAGACUUUCUCAGUUUCACGCCGCGCUGUUCCCUCAAGGGUUUCGCCAGCCUCGAGCAGCGCAACAUCUCGUCGUGCUGCGUAUCCGGCUUUGUGAAGACGCCUCUCUUCUUGGUGCAGCGCAAUAUGUCAGGGGGGUGGGGUGACACCUCAUCCAGAGGCGGCCGAGCUCGGAUACUUCCUGACCCACAGGUGCCAGGAAUGGCACGGAUGGACUUGCAAGUCUUCAACGACCACUCCAUCACGGAAGCCUUCAAGGAUGCGGGACUGGAGCGCCUCACCACGCGCCUCUACCUCGCCAGCCCGAUAUCCGGAGGAGUCUCGGCUACAGUCUCUGGCACCAGUCGGCCGGUGACCUUGCUGAGUGCCCAGGUGUACGCGCUGGGAAGCAUAUGGACGUCGAGACCGGCGACAUUCUUCUCGUAG